AUGAUUGACGAAAUCGUCACUCAUCAUUUACCAAACACAUUUUUCCCUCGAGGUCUUAGACUUCAAACUGUGAAUGAUGGUGAAAUUCCUAUUCUAGAGGAUAGAAACCGUGAAGAAGGGCAUAACCGGUUGUUUAACGAUUACUUUGAGGUUAAUCCAGUGUAUUUAGAAAAGCAAUUUCGUCGGAGGUUUCGAAUGAGAAGACCAUUGUUUUUUCGAAUAAUGAACAAAGUGGUUGAAAACGAUAUUUUAAUGCAACAGAGACGAAAUGCUGCUGGCAAGCUAGGGUUAUCAGGAUUGCAAAAAUGCAUUGCAGCUAUCAUAAUGCUUGCGUAUGGUCUGGCUCCGGAUGGGGUUGAUGAAUAUGUACGAAUGGGUCAAACAACUUCAAGAAAGUCAUUAUUGCAUUUCACUCAAGGGGUGAUCAAGCAUUUUGCAGAGGAGUACCUAAGAAGUCCUACAGAUGAAGACUUAAGAAUGAUCCUUUAUCAAAAUGAAAUGCGCGGAUUUCCUGGCAUGAUAGGAAGUAUUGAUUGCAUGCACUGGGAAUGGAAGAACUGCCCUAACGCCUGGAAAGGACAAUACCAGGGACGUAGAAUGCUAGCCUCAUUCUUGAAGCUGUUGCGGAUCAAAAUCUAUGGAUUUGACAUUCAUUUUUUGGUGAAUGGAAAUGAAUACAACAUGGGGUAUUACCUAACAUAUGGUAUUUAUCCAAAUUGGGCUACUUUUAUCCAAGGAUUUACUCAUCCUCAACUUCAGAAGAAUAAGCUAUUUGCUGAUAGACAAGCACAUGUUCGGAAGGAUGUUGAACGUGCGUUUGGAGUUUUACGAGCGAGAUUUGCCAUUAUACGACAACCUUCUCUUGCUUACGAUGAAGAUAUAUUAUCUGACAUAAUGAAGGUUUGUCUCAUCAUGCACAACAUGAUAGUUGAGGAUGAACGAGACAUGUAUAUCCGAGCUGAUGUGUUAAGAAGGUACUAUGAACAAGACCUUUCGAGUUUCAGCGCAACGGUGAAUAAUGGUGAAACUUUUUAG